AUGAAGCUCCUGUGUGUCUACAUCCUGCCCCUGCUGGUGGCCCUGUCCUGGGCAGUUUGCCCCUUGCCGGCUGAGGUUAAAGAUGAUGAAGGCAACAAGCUGUGCGCCCGCAUGUACGCCGACAGCAGUGUCUACUAUGAAGAUUGCUGUGUCGGGGAUUACCUGGACGUCAAGCCCGGAGAGGAUGUGCCUUACAUUGCCUUGAGGUUCAACAACCGCGUCUCUUCUUUGGUCGUGGCUACCCGAUGUGAGCUGACUGUCUGGUCCAAAAAGCCAAAGGAUGGCGUCACCAAGAAGUUCAGCAACGGGUCCUAUCCACGGCUAGCAGAGGUCAAGAAAGGGCUCCUUGGAAGCUGGGAUGACUCCAUCUCAUCCUACUAUUGCAAAUGUAACUGA